AAACCCGAGAACCCAACCGAAGUCGAGUUAGUUUGCUGAAGACUUCGACACGAACCGGUCGCCAGUUUUCCCUGACUUUUCCGACUUCGCUUAUCGUCGGUCCUCGCCUCAUUUUUCGUAGCCUGCUUAUCAGCGCAAGAAACGCGUCGCGUGGAAAUGCCGUCGGUGGAAAUGCAGUUGGCAUAAUCCGUUGCCUAUUUCAGUGCUCUGCAACAUAUCAACGGGAAUUUUCUGACAGCUCAUUAAUCAGGCUCCUGCACUCCUGCAGCCAUGUUUUGGAUUUUACGGCGCACUGGCGCCGCCAACUUCUUCAACUCCUUCAACAACAACUGCAGCUUCUCGAAGGGCAAUUCGAACGGCGGUAAUCACAGCAACAGCACUCAAGACAAAUAUGUGAAGCGGCCCCCACGGAAGGCAUAUGGACGACUGAGUGCCGAGGCCGACGAUGCCGUGUCACUUGGCCACAAAAUCGAUGAUCCGUUCGAUGAGCUGGACGACUUUGAAAUGCUGGCAGCGAACUCCAGUGGCAGUCAACCCAACAAUGAGCCACCUGGUGAAGCCAAUGGCAACGUCAAUGUCAACAGCCGUUCAAGUUCAGGAGGAGGAGGAGGAGGCUGUGGGAAUGGGAAUCUGAAUGGGAACGGGAACGGGAACGGGAAUGCCAGCCUGUCACUCCUGCCCUGCACGGAUGCCGAUUGCCAGGGCAACUACGAGGUGGAGAGCGCCCUCUGCGAACUGGGCUUGUGCCAGGCGAAAGCCAAAACAUCAAAGGACCUCGGUGCAGGGAGCACGUCGACAUCGAAGGAGAUUAACGAAAACACAAUAAGUCGGCUGCAUGCGUUGGCCAUGGCCGAUGACGAUGAUGACUACGAUGAGUCACUUACCUGCAACGUGUGCGACCGAGCUUUCCAUUGUCACCGGCAGCUGGCAUCGCACCAGCAGAAGAAGCGGCACUUUGGUUGCAGUGGCUGCGAUAGUUUGUUUCCCUCGCUAAUGCUGCUGGAACACCACAAGGAGGAGUUCGAGCACUGGAGUGACGAGGAGAUGGGGCGCCGGGUCUGUUGUCGGAGGAACAGGUGCGACGACGACUACUUCACGGACACCGACUCCUUCAUCAGCGACGCGGAGAGCGAGGAUCUGGAGAGGUUGUUGUAGGCACCGAACCCAAGGUCGGAACCAGGGAAAGCGACUGAAGGGGUGGCGGGGGAAGGGGCAGGGGCAGGACUUUAUUUGAAUCAUCCCGGCCGAAAAGUAGCCCAACCAUCCCCAUUAAUGCUGGGCGGAAUAUCCUGCGGCGCCAACUGGAAUGGAAGGACAGCGGGAGGACAACGGACUUGGGCGCUCCUCUUCUGAUGAAGAUUGACACACGGGGCGGACCGCUUGUCGCCCUAAUGAAAAUGAAUUAAACCCCAAUCUGGCUGAACGCAAAGCCGCCAGCCAAACAAUGAAAAAUGUUGGCUAAAACCCAAUAGCAAAAACCCAAACAGAGGCGGCAGCGCAAGAUAUAAAAUACUUGUGGACUGUGUGCUGUCUGUACUUUUAGAGUUCAACUUCGAGAGACCUUCGUUGGGGGUCUAAAAACCAAGUUAUAUAUAUAUAUAUGUGAAUGUAUAUCUAUGUGUGUGUAUAUUGAGCUAGUCGAAUACGAAACUCCAUAAAUGGAGAUCAUAUCAUUAAAUGCAUAUGUGUAAACCCCUGAACAAAUGCAAAACUAUUUACCAAAGAAACAAUCCCCAGAAAACCAAAUGUAUUUUUCAAUAAAUAAAGACGUACGAAACCGAA